GUGCCCAUAAAAUUUAGGCUCGAAACGACCCCUAAAUUAUUCGUGUUCGUGUCGGGCUGGCCUUUUUAUUUCGUGCCUGUGUUCAUGCUGUUCUCUAACCAUGUCGUGUAUGCUAGCCCGUGGGUGCCCACGUACAGGCCCACACAAAGUUAUCGAACUUGAGCAGCGUCCAGCUCUCUAGUCUACCGGCAAAAAGUUCCUCUUCUUCACACUUCCCCGCUCCGCCGCCGGCACUAAGAGCAGAUUCGUCGGCUUUCAGCUGCUUCCACGCCUGCAAACGGUAGCUAUAAGUCUCCCACUUCUUCAGGCAAGGCAAGUUCCCAACUUUCCUCUUUGGCCCUCCCAGUCUCAAAGUUCUAGACUUUCAUGGCGGACUAGGGCUGGAGCUUGAUUUCAGCAAUAGGGGUUAGCUGAUGAUACUGGAUUGAGGAACUGUAUAGAACAAUGAUUCUGAAAAGGAUUGAUAAUCUGAUUUCAAGUCCUUGCAAUAGGCUGGCGGCAGUAUCUUUCAUUGCUGCCUUCAGUUCAAAUUCUCAGCCUCAAGUCGAAACAAUCGCCAGAAUCAUAAACGACCAUCCAUUUCCAGAACAGCAAUUGCUCCCAACUUUCAGAGCCCAUCUCCCACCUUCUCUCAUCUCCACAACCUUCGUGGAGAAUGUUCUAGGCCGUCUCUUUGCUGCACAUUCCAAUGGACUCAAGGCCCUGGAGCUCUUCAGGUUCGCCCUCCGCCAUCCCCAUUUUGUCCCAAGCUCCGAUGCAUUCGAGAAGACUCUCCAUAUCCUUGUGAGGAUGCGGUACUUCGAGAAAGCGUGGGAAUUGAUGGAGGAAAUUGGGAAAUCGCACCCUUCUUUGCUCACCACCAAAUCCAUGAGCAUCAUGCUGUCCAAGAUUGCCAAGUUUCAAUCUUUCGAUGAAACACUCGAUGCUUUCGAGAGGAUGGAGAGGGUUUUUGAAGGCAGAAGUUUUGGGAUCGAAGAGUUUAAUGUCCUCCUUCAGGCCUUCUGCACCCAGAGAGAGAUGAAGGAAGCGAGGUCGGUUUUUGUGAAGUUUCAUGAUAGAUUCAAGCCUAAUACCAAGACCAUGAAUGUAUUGCUGUUAGGGUUUAAGGAAUCAGGGGAUAUUAGUGCCAUGGAACUCUUCUACCAUGAGAUGACUCGAAGAGGGUUUAAGCCGACUAGUUUUACUUACAGUGUCCGAAUCGAUGCAUACUGUAAAAAAGGUUGCUUCAGCGAUGCACUACGAAUCUUUGAAGAGAUGCAGAAGGCAGGAUUUCCACCGACGUUGGAAGUAUUCACCACGUUGAUCCACGGAGCAGGAAUUGUUCGUAAUGUGCUCAAGGCAAGGGAACUAUUCGAUGAGAUGCGUGAGAGAAACUUGCAGCCUGAAGUUGGAGCUUAUAAUGCAUUGAUCAGCACAUUCAUCAAGUGUAGAGAAUUGAAACCGGCCAUUACACUAAUGGAAGAGAUGGAGGAAAACCAUCUAGCCGUCGACAAUGUGACCUACCACACGUUAUUUGUAGGGUCCAUGAACUCGAGUGGCAUUGAAGGAGUUUACGAGCUGUACCAGAAGAUGAUCGACAGGAAGUUUGUGCCUAAAGCAAGAACGUCUGUCAUGCUGAUGAAGUUCUUCUGUGUGAAUGGGCGAGUCGAUUUGGGGAUCGAGUUAUGGGGUUACUUAAUGGAGAACGGUCAUUGUCCUCACGGCCAUGCGCUGGAUAUUUUGGUUACAGGGUUAUGCUCACGAGGGAAGUUGGAGGAAGCUUUGAAUUGUUGUAUGCAGUUUGUCAAGAAAGGGAUGAGGUUGAGCGACUCGGUGUAUAGAAUGCUGAGGAAGUUCUUAGAGCAGUCUGCUGAUAAGGCUGAUGAGUGGAAGGAGCUCAAUCGGAUGAUAAAGAAGCUUGAAGGCUUCUUACCCCCUUCAAAGGGUCAUGCUAUUGGUAAUCUUUCGAUAGAGUGAUUUGUGUCUGAAGCAAAGCCCUUGACAUAAAUUUAUGAUAGCUUCUUUUUGCUUAAAGUUUCUGUUUGCGCAAAGGUUGCAUUCCUCUGCUUAUGCACUUGAGACCACCCAACCAUGAUAAAUAUCAGCAAUUUCUUAAAAUUGGACGAUGCAGAGUACACAGUCUUGCCAGUGAGGUAGUGACCAUCAUCAAAUAGAGUUUUCUCAAAAUAGUACGCUAUACAAAUCAGACCAGGUAGUAACGUGUACAACAUAUCUCAUUCUUAAAUGGUAAAAGAAGGGAAAAUGAAGGAAAACUGAUCUU